GCUGCCGCCGGGAUUGUCUCCUUGCACCUCAUCCAGAAACUACUCUUCCCCUACUUCUGGGCUGACCUGAGAUACCUGCUGAAAGUAUUGGUGUAUGGGCUGAGAGUAGAGAUGUACCGGCUGCAAGGGAGGAUUGUCACAGUCCUGGACAAGUUUGUGAAGCUGGCUGAGAAGCAGCCCCACAAGCCGUUCCUCAUCUACGAAGGGAAGGUGCACACCUACUGGGAUGUGGACAGGAGGAGUAACAGGGUAGCACAGGUCUUCCUACACCAUGGGGCUCUGAAGAAGGGCGACACGGUGGCCUUGCUGAUGGGCAACGAGCCAGACUUCAUCCACGUGUGGUUCGGACUGGCCAAGCUCGGCUGCGUGGUGGCUUUCCUCAAUUUCAAUGUCCGCUCCAGGUCUCUCCUGCACUGUGUCAGUAGCUGUGAGCCCAAGAUACUCGUUGUGGGAGCAGAUUUGCUUGGGACACUGGAAGAAAUUCUUCCUAACCUCCAAAAAGACGUUAGUGUUUGGAUAAUGACCAAAGACUCCACUUUUCCGAGUGUGCAUACCCUUUUAGACAAAAUAGAAGCUGCAUCUGAAGACCCUGUUCCAGUUAAUCGACGCUCUGCCAACAACCUCAAGUCAUCUGUUUUAUAUAUAUUUACUUCAGGAACAACAGGUCUUCCAAAGGCUGCAGUCAUCAGUCACAUGCAGGUUCUUAAAGGAGCUGCUGGACUGUGGGCUUUUGGUGCUACUGCAGAAGACAUAAUUUAUAUUACUCUGCCUCUUUAUCACAGUGCAGCAUCUCUUCUUGGCAUCGGUGGAUGCAUUGAAUUGGGUGCAACCUGUGUGUUAAAAAAGAAGUUCUCAGCUAGUCAGUUUUGGAGUGACUGCAAAAAGUACAAUGUGACUGUCAUCCAGUACAUUGGAGAACUUUGCCGUUACCUUUGCAGCCAGCCAGUGAAGGAAGGAGAGAAAAAUCACAAAGUCCGACUAGCAGUUGGAAAUGGAGUAAGAAAUGAUGUAUGGAGAGAAUUUUUAGACAGAUUUGGUGCUGUUAAGAUCUGUGAGUUUUACGGCGCUACUGAAGGAAACAUUUGUUUCAUGAACCACACAGGAAAAAUUGGAUCUGUUGGACGCACCAAUUUCUUUUAUAAGCUUUUUUUCCCAUUUGAUUUAAUCAAGUAUGAUUUCCAAAAAGAUGAACCGAUUAGAAAUAAGCAUGGUUGGUGUGAAAAAGUUAAGAAAGGUGAGGCUGGUCUUCUCAUUUCCAAAGUCAAUGCGAAGAACCCCUUCUUUGGUUACGCUGGCAAUAAGAGACACACAGAAAAGAAAUUACUCUGUGAGGUAUUUAAUAAGGGAGAUCUUUAUUUUAAUACUGGAGAUCUAAUGGUUCAAGACCAUGAGAAUUUUCUUUAUUUUUGGGACAGGAUUGGAGAUACCUUCAGAUGGAAAGGGGAGAAUGUUGCAACUACAGAAGUUUCUGAUGUCAUUGUAAUGUUGGACUUCAUACAAGAAGCAAAUGUGUAUGGUGUAUCUGUGCCAGAUCAUGAAGGAAGAGCAGACUCUCUUAUUUUAAAGCAGAAUACAUCAUUAGACUUGGAGCAAAUGUAUAAGCAAGUAGUGACCUAUCUACCAAGUUAUGCUUGUCCUCUUUUUUUAAGAGUCCAGGAAAAAAUGGAAAUGACUGGAACAUUCAAACAACAAAAAUUUCGACUGGUUGAUGAAGGUUUUAAUCCAUCUACAAUUACUGAUCCUCUUUAUUUUUUAGAUAAUUCUAAGAAAGCAUAUGUCUUGUUAACCGAAGAAGUACAUGAGAUGAUCUUAUCUGGGAAAAUGAAACUUUAA